AUGUUCAACCCUGAAACAUCACAGGAUCUGCACUUAGUGACCUGCAUAUUCGCGAUCCGAAAAGUUGUCCUCGAGCUGUGCAGGCCUGAGGCUCUCGGAGAUUUUCAAUACAUCCAAAGUCCAGUCUUGAAUUUCACCACGCAGAUUGCCGGCUCCGGCUUUCAACCUUCUGAGGUGCUUUCGUCUCUUUCAGUAUCAGGAUCAAACACUUCUGUUUUCGUCGACGUCGGUGGCUCGACCGGGCACGUGUCUAUCCAAAUUGCGCGUUCGAACCCAAAGUGGAAGUUCAUCGUACAGGACUCGUCCGAAACCGUUACUUUAGCCAAGUCACAAGUACCAGAAGAUGUCAAAGACCAACUCUCUUUCCAGGUGCACGAUUUAUGGACGGAGCAGCCAGUGCGAGGCGCCGACGUCUACUUCUUCAAGACGAUUUUCCACGAUUGGAGCGACACGUAUUCGGUAAAGACAUUGCGCGCACUGAUACUAGCCUUGAAAGAUGGCGCAAGGAUCAUUAUUGCGGAUAUAUGCAUUCCGCCCAGAGGGGCGGUGAGCUUAUACAAAGAGCAGUGGAUGAGAGGUCUUGAUCUUGUCAUGAAGUGCUUCGCGAAUGCAAAGGAGCGUGACUUUGAGGAAUGGGCUGCGCUGUUUGCGAUGGCUGAUACUCGCUUCAAAUUCCUGGGCGUGAGGACGCCACCAGGAAGUAAGGCUUCGUUCAUAGAAGCAGAAUGGCGUCCAUUCGACACACUUAGCAGUCAAAGUGGUGGAAUUUAG